CUCAGAGAGCUCUCAGGUAUGAGGAGUAUAGACAGCUCCGGUAGCUCUGUUAUGUAUACUGAGUAUAGCUCUCAGAUAUAAGGGCAGGGUGUAGCUCAGGUAACACUCAGGUUAUCUCUUCAGUUGUGUGGGCUGCUGUCAGGUAUGCAAACGCACGCUCUGUCUUGGGAGGGGCUGGUAUGGAAUAAUCUGAGACAGGACUAGAUAGUAAAUCCGGUGGAGGAGCUUAGUCCACAUAGAGGAAGUAGCCAGGUAGAGACAUUGGAGACCCAGUGUGAGCAGGUAAAUCUCUAAUACUCUGUAUGUUCUGUUAGAGUGUGAUGUGAUAUGCCAUACGUGUGUGUGUGCACAGUGUAAGUGUUUUAUAAUGUAGGUCUGUGUGUUAAAUGAAACCAGAUAGCGUUUGUACUGUAUAGAAUGUAUAUCGUCCACUAUAGCACAGCAUGUGUACAGUGUUGGACACACGUACAUUUUAUAUAGAAAGAGAAUGUGUGUGUGUCUGUGUUCUCAUAUGUUACAAAUAUAUUUAUUAAACACAUUUUUGCCAAAUAAGCUAUGUUUGUGUAAAUUGCAAUACUAAAUACUAAAUUUGUAAAAUUUCUCCAACUCUGCUUGGCAAUUUUUGUCCUAAUUUUACAAUUUGUAUUUAGUGAAUAAACACCUUGGUUAUUUUCCGUACACACAGACAGUCCUGUUCUAACUGGCCCCAAACUACAGAAAGGAUGUGAAUGAAGGGCGUGUUUUUACACGUGUGUGAUUCAGUCCUAGAGCUGACAACAGAGAGUGACAAUGUUAUAUGCCAGUCAGAUUAGUUAAUAAAAUAAUCCAAUUAUCCCAACAUCUCCAUACCCUUUAUUUACCAGACUGACUUAUGUGACACUUUAACUGUAGACAGUGGGGCCUUUAGUGGAUCCGUCUUACUUCAAGUUCUUUAUCCAGUCCCCGUUAUGUUAAGGAAAUCUGAAAAAUGAUUCUCUAUCCUACAUUAGUGCGUUUAAUAUUCCUUCUUAUGUUACCUGUCUACAUCCUGUCUCAGUUAGACAGCCUCCAUGAUGCCAUAUCGCUGAUAAGUUAUUAGUUUAUACGUAAUCACAGAUAUUUAACAUUUUGGAUCAAUUUUGGGUUAGCAGAGACAAUGGCGUAGCGUGGGUUUUCAGCGCCUGUGGCAAGGCAAGUAUUGCGUCCCCUAACCCGUGGACCGUUAACAAUUCCCAAGUCCCUCAACGGGCGCCUAGAUAACCUAACUCCUCGUUCCCUACCCGCCUUGUCUCUGUGAUGUGUGUGACACUGAUAGUUGUGGUGUUGCAUAAUUUGUUUAGUCCAUCUCACACCUAAAGUAAAUUGUAUACACUAUAUACAUUUCUUUAGGCAUAAAGUGGAUUUUAAAAAUUACACAACGCAACUAUCGGUGUCACACAUGUCAUGGACACAAGGUGGGUAGGGAAGGAGGAUCGAGGUUAUCUAGGCACCCGUUACCGGCGUACCGGUAUGAUACCAUUUAAUCGGCAUUUACAUAAUGCCUAUUAAAUAACGUGGUUUCCCAUUUGAAGAUACCAUAGGUAUCUUUACAUGAGAAAUUAUGCGAUUAAUAUUCAUUGUGUAAUUCAAUUUACUAUAUUUUUUUAUCUAGAAUAAUGAGAUUAUUUUUUAUUGAAAAUAAUCAUACGAUAUUAAUUAUUUUACAAUUCUAGUUUCUCUAUAACCCUUUGAUUGUUAUGUGCAUCUCAUUCUUCAUAUUAUAACUUUACUGACAGAAUUGGUGGUGAUGUCCCAUGUACACUGUUAUUGAUAGGAAGCUGUGUGCUGUAAUGUCAAUUUUACAACAGCUGUAAAGCAGUUUUUACAAUCUUAGCACAUAAUAAAUACAUACUGGCGUACGUGAUCAUCCCUGCUUGAAUAGUUAGACAGUGAUUUUAUCUCCAGUAUGAAGUCGUUACUCCAUAUCAAUAUCAUGUUUAGCAAAACUGUUUUGUCUCUUCAAGAUAGGAGAUGGGUCCUUUUCAUGGUUUCCCUAAAAUGAAACCAUUAGUGAUUUGACUGAACAAGAGGAUUUGUAUUCAAUUCCUACAAAAUGAGGAAGAGACCAGGACGAGCACGCAGUCCAGGAACAGCCCAUGAUGAAGUCUUAAUCAAGUUCACAGAGGUGGGUAACUUUGCCCUGAACAGGGGUUACCAACCCAGUACUCAAGAACCCCCUACCAGUCGAGGAUUUAGGGAUUACCUAAAACAUUUUUGAAUAACAAGGUAUCCCUAUAUCCUAUAAUUUCAUAUGUUUUAAUAUUUGCUCAGAUUUUCUUUUAUUAUUAAAAAUGAAUCAGGAUUUAUAACAAAUCUUGAGUAAGUUAUGCCACAAAUGGAACUCAUCAUCACACAAGUCAAACAAACAGUUCAUCUACCGUGACCAAUGGAAUGCUGUGAGGAGAUAAACAGCGCAUCCGUCGCUGGAUUCUCAGGAUCUGAUUGGCCACUGGCACCACGUGUUAUGAUCGUAAACAAUAACUACCCUUAAAGAAUAUUAUAAACAAACUUGUGAUACAAUUCCAAAAUGGCUGUCUUCACUCAAAUUCAGAUAUUUUACUGGUAAUUGUAUCUAAACUUACUAUAAUUUGUAUACAUGUAAACUGCAAUAUCUGGUGUUAUGUGCUGAAACCGAUAUUUGUAAAUACAUUUUCAGAUGAUGAGCCCAUUAUAAGUCAGAAAAAACAGUAAAGCUCCUUUAAUUAAAAAGGUUUGGUUUUAAAGGAGGAAGCAACGUUAGAAAGGUUGGCUGGUCCACUUUAUAAGGAGGUGACCAAUUGUUGGAAAGGAUGGGAAAUAUUCUACACCUAGCUAGCCCAUACAUAUUAAAUGAUAUGUGACAUAAUUAUGGUUUACUGUGUUGGUGACAUUCAUUGCUCUUCUUCUCUUAGUACGUCGGUUCGUUUGCUGUCAAGGAAUCUGAUUGGAGGAAAAGAGUGUGGAUCAUUGAAGAACAGAUGCGUUCUCUUAAGGUGAGUAAAAUUGGAAAUACAGUGACUUGAUCAUCAUUAAGAACAAAAAAUCAACAAAAGGCAACAUGCAUCGGUAAGAAGGGUUCAACGUUAAUUCCAAAUUUUUAAACAAAAUAGACUGAAAGAAACAGAUGACUUGGAAAAUAGUUGCAACUCGCAUAUUAUGGGCUAAAAUUUUAAACUGAUUUAAAUUCCUGACAAGUGCCCUUUUUACAUUAUAAAAUAUCUAUAAUUCCCACUUUUAAUGCAUUAAUCAUAAACAGGUGGCCCCUUAAACCCCUCUACAUCAAAUCUAUAGGGUCUAGCUGCACUAUAUCAUGGGAGAUGGGAGGUUUCGCAUUCUCAAAUUUGUCUGAAUUCUCCCUCUUGAUCCUUCGCUUAGCACGGUAAUUACUAAAAUGUGAACUGUGAGUUAUUAAAAGUAAAUAUAACGUAACUUUCAAAAUUUGGCUAAAAACUAUUUCACAUCUUUGUUUUGAGUUUGUCUAUUUUAGGAUAAAAUGUGAAAUUCAAUUCAAAUUCCCAACAUUUCAGACUUAAAUUAAUUAUCCUGACUGUGUUAGAGGUUUACUUUCUAAAACAAAGUAGAAUUUGUAGUAGUAUCCAAUAAGUUGACACAGGGCAGGUAGUACACAGAGCAGUGUGACGGUGGAAGCAGUAAAGAUUAACAGUGAUAUUGAAAAACGUAGAUCCACUUAAAGCAAUACCGACUAACAGUGAUCCUGAAAGAGUAGUAGAUACUUGGAAUAGCCUUCCAGUGGAAUCAGUAGAGGUAAACACAACUGGCAUGUCCUCUCAUAGUAUGAGAGCAGCUGACUUAAAAUAACACCGGACAGCAGUUUAUAAUAAAGUGUAUUGGCUCGGCUGACCCUGAUAAUGUAUCCCUGCAGGACUGCCCCAGGCGGAGGGCUGUGAUUCUCCGAUUCUGUCUUCAGGGAGUGAAGAUGUAUGAUGCAGAAAAUGAGGUAUUAUACACUGAUAGAGACACCCAGGACUUUACCCUUGUACAACACUACUGGAAAAUUACAACAUAACCUUUAACUGAUUAAACGCAAUCUCCCAGCAUACUGAAAUCUGUUUAUAUUACAACAUGGUGGGUGAGUCAGCCUUUAUAAAAAAAAUAAAACAUUUUUUUAUUGAACUGGCUUGAUAUAAACAUCCCAUGGAUGAGCCAGCACUCACAUCUGAGCGAGCUAACCUGACUCUUGAUGGCUUAGAGUUACAAAUGAUAUAGAUCUAUUUAUAUAGUAAUGUUUCUUGUAUGGAUAGUGAUCAUUGUGAAUCAGAAAUCACAUCUCUCCACGCUAAUCUGACUCUCAAUCUUCUGUGGUUAAAAAUGAAACAGACCUAUUUAUAUGUUAAUGUUUCCUGUAUCUGUCCACAAUAUAUUAAAUAGAUACUAGGGAAAUACUUGGGGGAUACGGUUUAGAUCAGCACUCACAUGUCUGCGAGCUAAUCUAACUCUCAGUCUCCAAUGGUUAUAAAUUAUAUAGACCUAUUUAUAUAUUAAUGUUUCCUAUAUCUCUCUACACUAAUCUGACUCUCAAGCUCCCGUGGUUAUAAAUUAUAUUGACCUAUUUAUAUAUUAAAGGGAUACUGAGGGGAUACAAAGUGAUCUGUUUACAUCAGCACCCACAUCUCUUCAUGCAAAUCUGACUCUCAAUACCUUUAGGUUAUAAAUGGCAUAGAUUUAGUUCUAUAUUAAUGUUUCCUGCAUAAAUACAUACUGGGUUAUUUACUAAAAUGAAAAAUGUCAGGCAUUGAAAGUGAAUUUCAAAUCUAAGGACAAAGUAGGCACACUGGAAAAGUCUCCAAUUAUGCUUCCAGUUUGGCUACUUUGGCCUCUUACACUUCAUUAAAUAACACUGAUAGUGGUCAGUGUGAGUCAGUGUCCAUCCCUGCAAGCUAACCUGACGUUUAAUGUCCCAAUGUCAUAAAUGAUUUAGGCCUCUUCAUAAACCCUUUUAGAUACUGUUGAUGGCCCACGCUCUCCGAAGAAUUCAGUACACCACCUGCCGCCCUGAAGACUGCCAGUUUGCCUUUGUGUCCCAUAAUCCACAGAGCUCUUCUCAUCAACUUUUCUGCCAUCUGUUUGCUGUCAGCCAACCUUACGAGGUAUGUUAGCCAGCCUAGAAAAACACAUUACCCAGCCAAGCAAGGUAUGUUAGCCAGCCUAGAGAAGCAUGCUAGCCAUCCAAGUAAGGUACCAUAGCCAAGCCAGCCUAGACAAGCAUGCUAGCCAACCAAGCGAGGUGUCAUAGCCAACCUAGAAAAGCAUGCUAGUCAACCAAGCGAGGUACCAUAGCCAGCCUAGAGAAGCAUGCUAGCCAACCAAGCGAGGUAUUAUAGCCAGCCUAGAGAAGCAUGCCAGCCAACCAAGCAAGGUACCAUAGCCACGCCAGCCUGGACAAGCAUGCUAGCCAACCUAGAAAAGCAUGCAUACAACCAACCGAGGUACCAUAGCCAGCCUAGAGAAGCAUGCUAGCCAACCAAGCGAGGUAUCAUAGCCAACCUAGAGAAACAUGCUAGCCAACCAAGCGAGGUAUCAAAGCCAGCCUAGCAAAGCAUGCUAGUCAACCAAGCAAGGUAUCAUAGCUAGCCUAGAGAAGCAUGCUAGCCAACCAAGUGAGGUAUCAUAGCCAGUCUAGAGAAGCAUGCUAGCCAACCAAGUGAGACUUCAGAGCCGGGCCCAUUACUCCCGUUAAGGGGAAAUCCUGAUUUCCCGGCUGACGAACAGGGCCCAGUGGGGAGGGUGAUGAGACACUUUAGGUUCCCACGAAGUAGCGAUGUGCUGAGAACACGAUGUGGUGAACCCACUGGACAACCAUUUUCCAGGCACAACACACACUUGUACACUCCAUUAUGAGGGCACCUCCUCGAUCCCCCGAAAGUCAUGUUUAACCAGGGACAUAACAGAUUUUUAGUUCAUGUGUCUAUAUGACUCAAUGGUACCUAAGAGCAUUUUGGUAAUAUAUAACAUGCUGGCAGUGGGACGAUACCUGCUAGCUCCCCAAUGCAUGAGGAUGUGGGAGGAGGACCUCCAGCAAUCAUUUUCGAAUGAGGAGUGGGACAAGAUGAUUGGAUUGAUACAGAAGAACCCGGUGUCGGUCAGAGUACAGGAGAACUCAUACAAAAUAUUUGCAGCUUGAUCAAACCAGAUGCAACCAAUCAAUAUCAGGAACGUGCUGGCGGUGCGAAGAGGAAUAGGGCAUGUUUAUUCACUUAUAGUGGAACUGUAGACUACUUAAACCAUAUUUGGAGGCAAUCAGUCAUGUACAUAGUGACCUGUUGGAGGAGCCCCUCUCCCUAGAACUGGCAACAUUCCUGCUACAUCACACUCAACUACCACUACGAGUCUAUAAGCGCUAAGUGACUUCAAGUGUCUUAAAUGCAGCAAAGGUGUUGGUGCCACGGUUAUGGAGACAGACAUGUACUCCUCCACUGCGGCAAUGGAGGAGAUCAAAGAAAGAAGGAAAUUUGAAGACCUAACAUUUGUCUCCAUUUGAGAUAGGAAGCGAUACACCCAAUGCUGGUUCUACUGGCUUGAAUUCCUGUAUUCAGACCAUUUUGCUCAAUUUGGAUGGGCUCCUGAGCUGUGAGAUAUGAGGAGAGGCCAAUGUUCGGCUGACCUGGAACCCGCUGAGAAUGAACAAACCUGAUCAGAAAUCAACUGCAUCAUCCUCUGCCUGCACCUCUGGCGCCCUCUUUCUUCCCUCCUCUAUCCUCUUUUUCUCUCGAACCAACAGGUGGGCACACCGCAGGGGCAGCUUGGCCGCUUAAAUGCCCUUUUCUCUGCAUAGAAGCUUGGUGCUCCAACCUCACAUGGGUACAAGUGUCAAGGUCAAGUCUAAAACUUGAUAAAGGCUCAAAGAGGAGCUGAAACGUUGUCUCCUUGUGUGCCUGGAUAUUUAUUUUUUUCCAUGUGAUGUCUUCAGGGAUUGGCCUCCCUUUCUGGAGCACCCUGCAGGAAGUAUUGCCCCCUUUUUUUAGUGUGUGCAUUUUACUCUUGUUUUUUUGCAAACAACUGUAGUGCGGUAUGAUAGUCAGUCUAUCAUAGAAAGGUAUGGUAUACAGCCGAGCAAAGUAUUAUAGUCAGUCUAUCUUUAGAGAGGAAUGGUAUCCAGCCUAGAGAAGCAUGAAAGCCAGUCUAUCAUAGAGAGGAAUGGUAUCCAGCCUAGUGAGGUAUGAGAAACAGCCUAUCGUAGAGAGGAAUGGUAUCCAGCCUAGUGAGGUAUGAGAGCCAGCCUAUAGUAGAGAGAAAUGGUAUCCAGCCUAGUGAGGUAUGAGAGCCAGCCUGUUGUAGAGAGGAAUGAUAUCCAGACUAGCGAGGUAUGAUAGUUAGAGUCUAUCAUUGGAGAGGGAUGGUAUCCAGCCUAGUGAGGCAUGAGAGUCAGCCUAUCGUAGAGAGGAAUGGUAUCCAGCCUAGUGAGGUAUGAGAGCCAGCCUAUAGUAGAGAGAAAUGGUAUCCAGCCUAGUGAGGUAUGAGAGUCAGCCUAUCGUAGAGAGGAAUGGUAUCCAGCCUAGUGAGGUAUGAGAGCCAGCCUAUAGUAGAGAGGAAUGGUAUCCAGCCUAGUGAGGUAUGAGAGCCAGUCUAUAGUAGAGAGGAAUGGUAUCCAGCCUAGUGAGGUAUGAGAGCCAGGAUGUUGUAGAGAGGAAUGGUAUCCAGCCUAGUGAGGUAUGAGAGCCAGCCUAUCAUAGAGAGAAAUGGUAUCCAGCCUAGUGAGGUAUGAGAGCCAGUCUGUUGUAGAGAGGAAUGGUAUCCAGCCUAGUGAGGUAUGAGAGCCAGCCUAUAGUAGAGAGAAAUGGUAUCCAGCCUAGUGAGGUAUGAGAGCCAGCCUAUAGUAGAGAGGAAUGGUAUCCAGCCUAGUGAGGUAUGAUAGUUAGUCUAUCAUAGAGAGGAAUGGUAUCCAGCCUAGUGAGGUAUGAGAGCCAGUCUGUUGUAGAGAGGAAUGGUAUCCAGCCUAGUGGGGUAUGAGAGCCAGUCUGUUGUAGAGAGGAAUGGUAUCCAGCCUAGUGAGGUAUGAGAGCCAGUCUGUUGUAGAGAGGAAUGGUAUCCAGCCUAGUGGGGUAUGAGAGCCAGCCUAUAGUAGAGAGAAAUGGUAUCCAGCCUAGUGAGGGAUGAGAGCCAGCCUAUAGUAGAGAGGAAUGGUAUCCAGCCUAGUGAGGUAUGAGAGCCAGGAUGUUGUAGAGAGGAAUGGUAUCCAGCCUAGUGAGGUAUGAUAGUUAGUUUAUCAUAGAGAGGAAUGGUAUCCAGUCUAGUGAGGUAUGAGAGCCAGCCUGUUGUAGAGAGGAAUGAUAUCCAGCCUAGCGAGGUAUGAUAGUUAGAGUCUAUCAUUGGAGAGGGAUGGUAUCCAGCCUAGUGAGGUAUGAGAGCCAGCCUAUCAUAGAUAGGAAUGGUAUCCAGCCUAGUGAGGUAUGAGAGCCAGCCUAUCAUAGAGAGAAAUGGUAUCCAGCCUAGUGAGGUAUGAGAGCCAGCCUAUAGUAGAGAGGAAUGGUAUCCAGCCUAGUGAGGUAUGAGAGCCAGUCUAUUGUAGAUAGGAAUGGUAUCCAGCCUACUGAGGUAUGAGAGCCAGCCUAUCAUAGAGAGAAAUGGUAUCCAGCCUAGUGAGGUAUGAGAGCCAGUCUAUUGUAGAGUGGAAUGGUAUCCAGCCUAGUGAGGUAUGAGAGCCAGUCUAUUGUAGAGUGGAAUGGUAUCCAGCCUAGCGAGGUAUGAGAGCCAGUCUAUUGUAGAGAGGAAUGGUAUCCAGCCUAGUGAGGUAUGAGAGCCAGUCUAUUGUAGAGAGGAAUGGUAUCCACCCUAGUGAGGUAUGAGAGCCAGUCUAUUGUAGAGUGGAAUGGUAUCCAGCCUAGCGAGGUAUGAGAGCCAGUCUAUUGUAGAGAGGAAUGGUAUCCAGCCUACUGAGGUAUGAGAGCCAGCCUAUCAUAGAGAGAAAUGGUAUCCAGCCUAGUGAGGUAUGAGAGCCAGUCUAUUGUAGAGAGGAAUGGUAUCCAGCCUAGUGAGGUAUGAGAGCCAGUCUAUUGUAGAGAGGAAUGGUAUCCAGCCUAGUGAGGUAUGAGAGCCAGUCUAUUGUAGAGUGGAAUGGUAUCCAGCCUAGCGAGGUAUGAGAGGAAUGGUAUCCAGCCUAGCGAGGUAUGAGAGGAAUGGUAUCCAGCCUAGUGAGGUAUGAGAGCCAGUCUAUCAUGGAGAAGCAUGCUAUCAAGCCUAAAAAUGUUAAACUUAGUAAACUGGUUAAGUUACAGUCAUCGGCCUAUCUAGGUAUGCUAGCCAAUCUAAUGCAGUAUGGUGGCCUGCCUAAUGUAAUAUGUUAUUUGUUGUCAAUGCUAUUCUGCUAAUAAACUUUUCCAGGAGUUUAUUGCAUCCUUCUCUCUCCAGGCUCAUGGAUUAAAUCUUCUCUUGUGCCGCUCCUUCCAACUUGAGUACCUGGUUCGGCACCCCGAGGUACGUGACGUGGAGCCCUCCACCGUGCAAACAGCAUUCAAAACCCCCCAGAGAAAAGCAUCUGAAGAGGAUUUUGUAAGGAAGCCCCUAGAUCCUGGAUUGGUGUCUCAAAACAUUAACGCCUUGAUAUCUUUUCGCCACCUGCCACGGACUGAACACUAUGACUCCUCCAGCAGCCACGUGAGUUAUAACUAUUAUUUCACCACUGGUAGGCACAGUCACGUGUCAAAAAAUUUCCCUUUACUUCACUCCUGCAAAUGUGGACUCAGUGACACGGCUCAUAAGUUCCCAAGCCAGAGCAGAUUUGAGCAACAGAGCAGACCAACAGGACUGCUCACUAAAAUGGAAACUGGGGAUUGAUUGACCAUGGUAUUGAUCAUUUUAGGCUAAACUUCAGAACGUAAAAAAUGCCAACUCUUUUCUCUCUUUGUUAGUUUGGCUAUAAAUUACAUUUUUCACACCAUAUUUCCUGUAUUUCUGAGUUAGUGAAUGAUCUCAAUGUUUUACCAGCUGCACAAGAAAUAUUAUAAAAUUCUGCAAAGCAGAAUGUAUUCACUAAAGAGUAAGUCAUGGAUAGCUGAUAGCCACAUUGCAAAUUGUAGUCCAGAAGAGUAAUAUUGUGAAAAAGUCUGCAAAUUGGCAAAGUUGUCAGUUUGCUUAAACAAUAGUUAAUUACUUGAUCAUAAAAAUUACAGUAGAAGUAAAUCUAACCCUCACUUAGUAAAAUAAAAUAAUAAUAAUUAUUAUUAUAUAUGAGUUCCAGCCAACUUGUAGUUUAGGGAAUAAUUCCCUAGUGAUAUUACUGAAAUGUUGGCUAAACUGGGGAAACGUAUAGUGACCAUGCAAGGAUGUAGAAUGCUAGUAAUGUGAAUACAGAACAUGUACUCUAAGCCUCUACACUCAACGUGACUGGUUGCAUUGCGUAAAUGGAAUCCUGUCUCUUAGCAGGUAUCUAAGGCCACAAGAAUCCCACGAAGCUCUUCACUGGAAUCUCCAUAUUGCUCACCAACAUUGGUUCGGAAAAAAGCCAUUCGGAGCAAAGUCCUCCGAUCCGGUGCCUAUCGCUCCCCUAAUUAUGAGUCCUUACUCCAGCGAGAGACAGAGGAGCAAAGUCCCCCUGGUAAUCAUCAAGCCUCCAUUCUUUUCCUCUCAAAGUGUUAUUCACAGACUUGUGCUAAUCCAGGGUGUAUGUGGACUAUAGUGAAUAACCGUCAGUAG